AUGGCCACUAAGGUAGUGAGGAGGCACACCACUAGACCAGAAAGAUCAGUGUAUGCUCGACCAGCAGGAGGACCUUCAAAAACCGUUUGCUCCUUUUGGGCUGCUGGAAGGUGCACAAGGGAAUUCUGUCGAUUCCUGCACGCGGAUGCACCGCCUUCAUCCAUGAACCCUCAAAUUUCAAAGAAGUCGUCUCUUGUUUGGACGAAGGACGGAACUGCCACGGGAAAGGGCAAUGCAUGCAAUGCUACUCAGAAAAGCAAUGUGCCUCAGAAAAGCAACGCGCCUCAGAAAAGCAAUGCUCCUCAGAAAAUCAAUGCUCCUCAGAAAAGCAAUGCUGCCCAGAAAAGCAAUCCUACUCAGAAAAAUGUCUGCAAGUUCUGGGUAGAUGGAAAUUGUGUGAAAGGUGAUCGAUGCCUGUAUUUGCAUAACUGGUUCCGUGGUGAGGGAUUCUCCAUGUUGGCAAAGCUCCAAGGGCACACGAAGGCUAUCACUGGUAUUGCCCUUCCUGAACGAACUAACAAGCUUUAUUCAACCAGUAAAGAUGGAUCAGCUAGAGUUUGGGACUGCCAUACUGGUGAAUGUGGCAGUGUGAUUGAUCUUGGUGGUGAAGCAGGUUCUUUAAUUAGUGAGGGCCCAUGGGUUUUUGCUGGUGUAACAAAUCUUGUUAAGGUUUGGAAUACUGAGACAAAUUCUGAAUUCAACCUGGAUGGACCUGUUGGCCAAGUACAUGCAAUGGUGGUUGGUAAUGCAAUGCUUUUCGCCGGGACACAGAAUGGUGAUAUAUGUGUGUGGAAAGGUAGCACUGAAACGAAUCCGCCAUUUUAUCCUGCUGCAACUCUGAAGGGCCACACUGGUGCUGUGGUAUGUUUAACUGUUGGGCGCAACAGGCUUUACUCAGGUUCUGUGGACCAUACAAUUAAGGUGUGGGACCUUUAUACUUUGCAGGGUGUUCUGACACUAAAUGGGCAUUCUGGUGCGGUGAUGUCUCUUCUUUGCUGGGAUCAGUUCUUGCUCUCGUGCUCACUGGAUGACACGAUAAAGGUGUGGGCUGCCACUGAAGGAGGCGGUUUGGAAGUGACCUACACUCACAACGAAGAGCAGGGUGUUCUUGAUCUUGCUGGAAUGACAGAUGCAGAAAGCAAGCCAAUCUUGCUUUCUUCUUGCAAUGAUAAUUCUGUCCGCAUAUAUGAACUGCCAUCAUUCACUGAAAGAGGCAGAUUAUUUGCAAAACAAGUUCGGACGGUCGAGGUAGGACCUGGAGGACUAUUCUUCAGUGGGGAUGCAACUGGUCUCCUUUCUGUUUGGAAGUGGAUGGAUCCUCCUGCCGUCAAAGUGGAGUCGUCAUGA